AUGGCGGAUAAAUAUUUACUUACUUGCAUGAUACUCGAUGCAUAUUUUCAGGGUAUAGAGGCCCAAGGAGAAAGAGGAAAAUCAUCUCGAGAUGGAGAAGGAGGAGUAAACUGGAUUGUUUACGUUGCUGUCCUUGGUUCAGUGUUCAUCUUAUAUAUUUGCUAUUCAUGCAUAAUUACGCGCUGUUGUCGUAGCGAAAACCAACAAGCAGAGGUCGAUACAGAAUUGAAAAACGUCAGGAAUGAAAAAUGCCCCGAUGAAAAGCUGGACCAGUACAUGUUGGAAUUGAUUGUAUUAGCAGAACAGGCAAAGCUUGUUGCUAACUUCCGAAGCAAGCAAAUCGACGAACAGUCUACAGCAGGCGUACAAAGUAAACCUUGGGAACAGAUGGGGUACCCUCAGCUAAAAUUAGACACUGAUAGUCCGACGACGUUAAAUGACACCAACAUCACAGAGGAAACCCCCAUGACAUCAGAUGUACAAAGAGAGCCUUGGAAACAGAUGGGAUCCCCUCAGUUAAAAUUAGACACCGCUAGUCUGAUGACGUCAAUGGACGCAGAUGUCAAAGAGAAAUCCCCAAUGACAUUAUAUGUAUAAGAAAAAAAACACAAAGGUUUCACAAUCCCAUUAUUUCCAUUGCAUAAUAACCUUUUCAAAGCAAUGGCAUAUCAUUUAUCAUGUUCAUUUUGCACUGUGAUAUAUGUUUAAGAGAUAUUGUACUUUGUAAUAUGAUUGCGAGUUUUCAUUAUAUCAACUAUAGGCUGUGUUCUCAUUAUUUUUACCAAAAAAAAAAAAAUUUUAAAUUUUUAACUUAAAAUACAAUUAUAAGACAGAUCAAAACGUGUCAUAAUCAGACAACAUUUGUUUCCAAUAAUUUCUUAAGACAUAUUUUCCAUUAAUUUCUUUUUGGUGUGACUUUUUCGUUUGUAUCAGUUUGUCCACAGCCAGCCUGCUUUAAACAUCUUUAUAAUUUACAAAAUGGCAAAAAACAGAUAAAGGUCAUGGACAUUUUUUAUAUCUAUUACUUAUACAUGUAUCUCCACAAUGACUGUAUAUAUGAUAUUUGUGUCUUAUACAUGUAUCUCCACAAUGACUGUAUAUAUGAUAUUUGUGUCUUAUGCAUGUAUCUAUAUCAUUAUCUGUCACACAUUGUGCGAAAGGAAUGGAAAUUCCCUUAUUUAUAAAACUGAACUUUAAAUAAAUA